CAGGAGGGUGUGUUUACACUGACGUCACAGCAGUUUACCGAAGAGGAGAUCACCUGAUACGCCAACAUCAUGUUCCAUGGGAUACCAGUUACAGGAGGUGUAGGAGGAGUUCCGGCCAAUAAACCUGAGUUAUAUGAGGAAGUGAAAUUGUACAAAAAUGCAAGAGAACGAGAGAAGUAUGAUAACAUGGCCGAGUUGUUUGCUGUCGUCAAGACCCUUCAGGCCCUGGAGAAAGCUUACAUCAAAGACUGUGUCACACCUAAUGAGUACACUGCUUCCUGUUCCAGACUGUUGGUUCAGUAUAAGGCUGCUUUCAAACAGGUGCAGGGCUCCGAUGUCGGCUCCAUCGAUGACUUCUGCAGGAAGUACAGACUUGACUGCCCUCUAGCCAUGGAAAGGAUUAAGGAGGAUCGGCCAAUCACCAUCAAGGAUGACAAGGGCAACUUGAACCGCUGCAUUGCAGAUAUAGUCUCUCUGUUUAUCACUGUGAUGGAUAAGCUGAGACUGGAGAUCAGAGCCAUGGAUGAGAUUCAACCGGACCUGAGGGAGCUGAUGGAAACCAUGAACAGAAUGAGCAACAUGCCUCCAGACUCAGAGGCUAAGGACAAAGUCAGCCUCUGGUUGACAACCCUCAGCAGCAUGUCGGCCUCAGAUGAGCUGGAUGAUAAUCAGGUGCGCCAGAUGCUGUUCGACCUGGAGUCAGCUUACAAUGCCUUCAACCGCUUUCUCCACUCCUCCUAAAGCAUCUGUCCGUAAUAGAUCCUGACUCUUUACCUGUUAAGUUAAAAAAAGGAAAAAGAAACACUCUACAUUCUCCUUAUGGUCAUUUGUAAGGAGAUGAAUUACAUUUGGACAUUUUUUCUGUCUCAUAACCCUGCUAUUCCUUCUCUUCACAUUUGUUUACUAUGCUCUCGUUGAUGUUCUGUACUAUUCAAACUCCCCCGCCUUGUAUACUCCACUGUUUCUGGUACAUCAUGCUGCCUGCAUUAUUGCCCACUGGGUUCCUCUGUGCUGUAAUUGGCCUGUUUUCUAGCUUGUGUGUUAAAUCCUUCAAUAUUGGCUGUUCAGUCUACCCUUGAUAAAACUGUUUACUUCUAGCUUUUUACUGUAAUAUCAAAAAAAGGUCUAAUUUUAUACUUGAGUUUUGCAGAGCACUAACAGAGCCGCACAAUACAAUUGUACUGGACAAAGUCUGCAUAUGAAGAAAAGGUUGUAACAGCCAAAGCCUUUAUAUUACUGGAAAGAGGAAUUUAUAUAUUUUUCUUUUUGGUAUCCUACUUGUUUCCUCUACUUGCCACUUGAGGUCAGGUUUGCAUUUUUCGUUCUGUGUACCAUGUUUUUUUUUUCUAUCACACAAGUUUUUAAUGUAGACCUGCAAUAGUACUUUUUUCUGUUCAGUAGAGCAAAAGUGGCUGAUACACGCUAAAUCAAUAAUAUCAAAAAUAAUAUGCAGCUGAAAUAAUGAUUUGGACCAUAAUCAUUAUAUUGAAAUUAAAGUGGAAAGAAAGGUUUGUGUUCUUUAUUUCUUAUUCUGUACAUUUUCUCACCCUGACUUCUGUUAACAUGCUUAAUCCAUUUUUUCUUUAGAAGUGAGGGUUUGGCCAGAUUAAGUACGCAAAAGAGAGGUGGACACAUGCCCCUCCUCAUUUGCUUACUAAAUAUGUUUCAACCCUCAAACACCAUUAGGGAGAACAUAUUUAUUCAGAUUUAUCACUGUAAAUAAUAGUUUUGAUUUUUAAAUAAAAAGCAUGUAACUCCUUUUUAGAAAUAAAGUUGAAAAAUGUAA